AUGAUGGAGAUUGAGCCUCAGGGUGACACUAGCCCUUCUGCUAGAAAGCAUGCUUCUGCAUUACAAACGCAAAAAGAGAUUUGCCUGCACGUGGCUGGAGAGUACCCAGGGCAAAGGGGUCCCAAUAUUCAAGAGCACCUGGAGGUCCGUGACCUGUAUCCUUUCCGCAUCCGCGAUGGGCUGCAAAUUCCUGGUGCAAAUUCUGCUGGGGAGAAGCCGUGGGGGAGAGAGCAGCCGCUGGACCGGGCUGCCCCGUGUCCGUUUGGCCUUGCCGAUGUCCAGACGAGAACUUCAUUUUAUGGCAGAUUCAGGCACUUCUUGGACAUCAUUGAUCCGCGCACUCUCUUUGUUACUGAGAGCCGUCUGAAGGAAGCUGUGCAGUUGUUGGAGGAUUACAAACAUGGGACUUUGCCCCCAGGGGUCACCAACAAAGAGCUGUGGGGAGCUCAAAAAAUAAAGCAGGCCAUCAUCCAUCCCGAUACAAACGAGACCAUCUUCAUGCCUUUCCGAAUGUCAGGUUACAUUCCCUUUGGAACACCCAUCGUUGUUGGUCUUCUCUUGCCCAACCAGACGCUGGCAUCCACUGUUUUUUGGCAGUGGUUGAAUCAGAGCCACAAUGCCUGCGUCAACUAUGCAAACCGCAACGCGACAAAGCCUUCUCCGACAUCCAAGUUCAUCCAGGGCUACUUGGGAGCUGUCAUAAGUGCUGUCUCAAUAGCAGUGGGCCUUAAUGUUCUGGUUCAGAGAGCAAACAAGUUUACCCCCGCCACUCGUCUCUUGAUCCAGAGGUUUGUGCCAUUCCCUGCUGUCGCUAGUGCCAAUAUCUGCAAUGUUGUCCUGAUGAGGCACACAGAGCUGGAAGAAGGAAUUGAUGUUUUGGACAGUAACGGAAACAUUGUCGGGUCUUCCAGAAUUGCUGCAAAACACGCACUGCUUGAAACGGCCCUGACUAGAGUGGUCCUGCCAAUGCCUAUACUGGUUCUACCUCCAAUUAUUAUGUCCAUACUGGAAAAAACAUCACUCCUGAGGUCCCGUCCCCGGAUGAUUCUCCCAGUCCAAAGCCUUGUGUGCCUCGCUGCCUUUGGCCUGGCCCUCCCCUUGGCCAUCAGUCUCUUCCCGCAGAUGUCCGAGAUUGAGACAUCUCGGCUGGAGCCAGAAAUCGCAAUGGCCACCACCAGUAAGACUGUAGUCUACAAUAAAGGAUUGUAAGUGGAAGUGGACAAUCUCAGCCCAGAAGAUUUGGGG